UAAUAACCAAUGGGAACGAAUAAUGUGGCGUACAGCGGACAUCGAAUACCCUAACACCGGGAUCCUGUUGUUAUAAAAUCAGCAAUUAUGAUGAUGGAGAAAAAAACCUGUUCCUUUCCGAAACCUGUAAUGACAAGAUAAUACUUCGGAUAGCGAAAUAAUUAGGACAAAUACGAGUUUAAUUAUGACGUAUUUGGGAACAUUUUUCGUUCUGUUUUGAGACGCUUUCCUGCCUUGAUAGAUGAUCAAUGAAGUCGGUCAUUUGGAGAUUCAAAACGACACUAUUUUCUUACCUUAGUUUGACAUUUGACAAACACCACCCCCUUUCUAUUCCUACAUCAAUAGGCCUAAGAAGACACAUUGUGGGCCUAGUACAAUACCCCGUCUAAACGGAAACAGUCCCGCAGAUACAGCGUCUCAACUUGGAUCACUAAAUAUGAUUGGACUAAAGUACAGCAUGUCUCUACCCAUGGCUGCAGGGGCCUUGUUAGUGGGCAUCCCCUACUCCAUCUCUCUCGUAGCCCAGUGGAUGUAUGGCUGGCCUAACAAGCCGGGCUAUAAAAAGUACAUUGAGGCUCUGAAGCCAAGGCGGAUAUACUGUCUGACUAGAGCUGUGCUGGAGAUGCUGAAAUACUUCCAGUAUGGAAAACUCUAUUUCCAGUGGAAGUCCUGGUACAAGAAUGUAGAAAACCACAAGCAUUAUGAAAAGGGCAUCACGUUUGGGCGUCGUAGCAACAAGCUGGAUCUGUAUUAUUCUCCCACGGUGGGCCAGCCAGGCCGUGGACCGGUGCCGGUGGUAGUGUUUAUAUACGGAGGAGCCUGGGGUUCAGGGGAGAGAUCCAUAUACUGUCUGCUGGCCAUGCAGAUGGCUAAGGAGCUCAGCGCAACGGUGAUCUGCCCCGACUAUUGCACCUAUCCAAAGGAUAACAUUGUGUUAAUCGGCCACUCUGCUGGGGCUCACCUAGCAGCUCUAACCGUGCUGUUCAUGGUCGAGGGACGAGACGAGCUCUUUAUAGAAGCCAAGAAGCAGACAGAGAUCACCAUGGCAAUCAGAGGAGUUACAGGUUUGAGUGGAGUGUACAACAUCGUGGACCACUACGAACAUGAACAGAUGAGAGCUGUGGAGUAUGUCUCUACGAUGCACAAAGCCAUGAACGGAGUGGAGAACUUCCCUUAUUACUCCCCAACACACCUACUGAAGAAAUUCAGCGAGGCGCAACUGAAAAGAGUGCCACCUUUCUGCUUACUCCACGGGACCACCGACAUCAUAGUUCCGGUGGAAUCUUCCCAGAGGUUCUCUGAGCUGCUCACGUCCCUGUCAAUCAAGGUGUCCCUGUACCUCAUGCCUAAAAUGGACCACACAGAGAUAGUCACCGAUCUCAUGGCGACAGACAGGCACUUCUACAAAACAGUGUACAGCUGCAUCAAACAGGAGUACAGCAAGUUCAUAGGCCAGGUCUGUGACUGCUGAACGAAACGACUAACACAAUACAUUAUUCAUUCAUGAUGUGCCGUAAUUCCUCUUGUUUACAUAUUUUUUUCUUCUUCAGUUAAUUAUUAUUAUGAUAACUCAAAUUUACAGGAUUUAGACUUUUCGACAAAAACUAAAAAAUAGUUUUAACUCUCUGUUUUAAUCUCCAUGAUGCUUUCUCUGGUGUGUGUUUCAUAAUGGUUCCAUGAUUGUAAACAGACUGAAUGAUAUUUUAAUACAAUAAUUCUUCGUCUUUUUACACAUCAGAUUAUUUUUCAGAGCGGAUAUGAUUGGUCAAAAGAUUAGCCGGUAGAAAGAUCCGAAUUGGUCUCUCUGUCUAAACAAAGCCCAUAUGUGUCAGAACUCAAAUGCACACGCCAAAUAAUCGUGCCAGAGUUGUUUCACCUUUGGGACUAUCCCAUUGGUUCCAUUGUUGCCAGGCCAACUAAAUUAACUAUUGGAUAUGUAUUUGACCAAGUCUGGUGCGUACAGAACACUGUAUGAGAUAUCCCAAGGUUCCAAUAUAUUCACUCUGCUUCUGCCUCUGCAUUGUUUGUUCAUUGAGGGUUUGAGGCUGGGUAUCUAUAAAAGCACUUUGUGACAACUGCUGAUGUAAAAAGAAAAAAGGGCUUUAUAAAAAUACAUUUGAUUGAUUUAUUGAUCCAGUAACCACCUUUAUAUAGCAAUAGUGUCAGUGUUAACUCCCACUCCGACAGAGUAAUAUGGGCUAGUAUGCAGCAAAGCAUUGACAACAUUCCCGUGUGGAUUAAGACGCCACAUCCUAAAUUGCACCCUAUUCCCUACAUAGUGCACUACUUUUGACCAGAGCCCUAUGGACAGUGCACUAUAUAGGGAAAAGGGUAACAUUUGGGACAUAGCCCCAAACAGUGGUAGCAGAUCUGUUGUAAACGUUCUACUGAUAAUCUGUUGCGUUAAUAUGGUCAACCAGGGUACAUUAGAUUUUCUGUUUAUUUCAUGUUUUAACAACUACAUACUACAUCUGAUGAAAUGUAAUCAUUACAUUACUCUUAUUUUGCAUUUUGAAUAUCUGCUAUUAAAAGUUAUGUAUUGAUUUAUUUAAUAAAAGGUCUUCAAUUUUGUCAAAAAUAAAAAAAAUAAAAAUGAAAUACCCAGAUGCACAAAAACUUGU